UCAGCGAGGUAUCUAUACUUUUAGAAGUUCUACUUUUAGAGUGUCCUGUGCGCGGUACCUCUAAAAUAAGAUUGGCCUGCAGGAUGCAAGGCACGAUACAUCCAUAAGCGUAGUAGUAGAUGUAGCCACAUCCAAAUAAUGGUUCCCAAUAUGGUUCCCUUACAGGUUGGCUGGCUUUCCAUCCACUUUACCCGCAUACGCUUACCACCGGCAUCUUAUCUUUCCCACUUCCACGUUUAGAAAGGUCUUUUCUUAUCGCCGUCCCUAUCGUUCCUAUCGUAGAUCGACACCUUUCAAAGUGUUUAUGUCUCUCUCUGUGUGUGUAUGGACAUAAGGUAAAAUAAACGAGCCUUACCUUCAACUACUUAUCAACCAUUAGUCAGGAACAUUAUAAUCUGUACCUAACCUACCCACCUGACCUAACAUAUGUCUUUCUGUUCGAGGUGCAUGUCCAUAUAUCCCAGUUUUAUAUGCAUAUAAUUUACUUUAAAAAGAUAGUCUUACUAUCCUUAUAUAGUCGAAAUCGAGGCAAACUACCUUCCAUCUAAGCGAGAUCAAGGUAUUAUUUAUUAUUUUUCUCGUAUCUUCUAUCUCAAUACCUUCCUUGACCGCCAGUUGGUAAUGACUCAAAGUAUCCAUCAUGAUUGUGUCUCUUGUCUCCCCUUUCUCCCCUUUUCUUUUCUUUAUAUUUUAUUGCUGCACGUCCAAACAAGCGCAGCAUUGCAGCAUGGUAACCUCAUUCAGAGAUCCUGACAACGCCCGACGCGUGCCUGAUUCUGACCUUAGGUACCUAACUCAUGCUUCUACUACUCAUUACCACUCCAACGAACUAUGCGGACUCUCCACCUAUCCAGCUAAGCUACCUGACCUGCAUCUAUCUAUCCAUCUAGAUUCAUAUGUACGUGUGGCGUGGUACACAGUAGCGUGGUCGGCAUGCAAGUGCUAGGUUCCACAUCCUGAGGAAAAGGAACCUAUCGUAAACUACCAGGUUACCCAUCUUCACCUCAACAUUCUGUUUUUUUUUUCUUGGUUCUUUCAUUUUAUAU